GUUGUAGGGAUGUUCGCUCUUACUGGUGUUGUCAUUCUUUAUGGCCUGUACCACAUGUGCCCCUACUGGUUCUGCUGUAGGUCUGAAAAAGAGUAUCGGAGAGAGGAGCUGAAGACCCUGUUGGAGGAAGAAACAAAGAAACAUAUUGAAGAAAUGAAGCAAAAGGGUGCAGAGCAGAUAAUGGAAGAGAAAGUGAAACCUUAUUUCCAAUAUGAUAAUGCUAAUUUCUGGAAUAGCAUAGAUUUAAAAAACAUAGUGACAAAAGUAAAUGAAGCUGUGGAUUCUGCUGUUGGAGAAAAUUUUGAGGUCACGUCUCCCCACAGCGUAUUAGGGACUGUCGGCCAGGACACAAUCCUUCCUUGCCAUGUCUCUUCCACGAAGUCACUGGAUAUCAUUGAAGUGCAAUGGAAGAAAAUCACGGAUGAGCAUAUUGAGGUUAUCUGCAUAUACAGGCAGUUUGGUGGCAAUCCAACGCAGAAAUACCUGGGGCGGACAUCACUGCCAGCAGAUGGAUUUGCCACUGAACAUGAAGACCUGAAGACUCGAUGUGAUGCACUGAGCAGAGAGCUAGUGCCCAUCACCCUGGAUGAAGCAUGGAAGCACCCUGAGCUUGCGGUGUCCUCUGACCAGAGAACAGUUGAGCACAAGCCCUCGGCCCACAGACCCACCAUCAAGGGCCAGUUCCCUGCUGUGGUGGGGAGGGAAGGCUUUGCCUUUGGGUACCAUUACUGGGAGGUGAAGGUGUGGGAUGGGCUGGACUGGGAGCUGGGGGUGCUGACGGAAACCGCGAGGGACAGACUGAAAGAGAGGAGCUGGAAGGAACUGCCUGAAGAUGGGAUCUGGUCAUUGAGGAGGGUUGAAGGGGAGUACUGGCCUGAGGAGGCCAAGGCCAAGAUGUGCAGACAUACUGACCAACUAACAGUGGUUGGGCUGCACCUGGAUUUGAAGCAGAACACACUGUCCUUCUAUGACAUUGGGACUUCAGACUGUAUCCUGAAAAUCCCCAUCAAAGGGUCAACAAAGCUGUACCCAUUCUUCAGACCAGGCCUUGCUGAGGCAGGAGAGAAGGGAGAACCCCUCACCAUCAACCACAACACAGACUGGGACUUCCCAAACACAGUUUCUGUCAAAUAA